AUGCCACUGAGGGUUUGCGACUACGCCACAGAACUGGACAUUUCAAACAACAAAUUCAAAAAAAUACCAAAAGACAUAAACUCGUUGUAUACAAUGCAAAAAAUAGACGCCAAAUACAAUCAGUUGGGGGCGAUCCCUGGGACCCUAUUUCGUCUCAAGGAGUUGCGACAAGUCGACUUGUCCUCCAAUUUGAUUAAAAAAAUCCCGCCAACACUCCCCAAAGCCACUGGAUUGCUCGAUUUUGAUUUAAGGGAAAAUAAAAUCAGAGCUCUUCCUGCAGCCAUCAACAAAGCCAAAUCCAUCCUUCGCUUUGACGUCUCGAAUAACAUUAUCAAGACAUUCCGUAAACAAGCAUAUGAACUAACGGGGUCACUUGACAUUUCACGGAAUCGUCUCAACGGACUUCCUCCAAUCGGAGCAAAGCAAAAGGCGACGUUGAAAAAACUGGAUGCUUCAUACAACACCAUUUCUAAACUUCCUCAGACGAUUGACCGAGUCUCCUUUCUACGUCGACUGGACCUCUCAAACAACAACAUCACCCAUGUCCCCGAAUCCUUCGGAAAUCUGCGUUAUUUGAACUAUUUAGACAUGUCAAAUAACGACAUUGAAGAGAUUCCGAAUUCAAUUUGUCAGCUGAAAUAUAACCUUGUUGAAUUAUACUUGUCUAACAACAAAAUUUCAAAAUUCCCCAAAGAUAUCGACGAAUACAAAAAAUUACGAGUCCUUGAUUUGUCAGCAAACCAACUGGUCAAAAUACCUCGGAAAUUUGCCAUGAACCAGUCAAUAAAACACGUGAAUCUCUCAAAAAACCAACUGGAGGACAUUUCCCCAGUCACUGAUUCUCUCUUAAUCCACUUUCUGGACAUUUCAGAGAACUGCAUCCCGGAAAUACCCGAAACAAUCAAAAACCUGGUUUACUUGGAAACACUGCUGGCCUCGCACAACCAAAUAAGGUCUGUCUCCGAUGAUCCCCGGAACUCAUUUUUCACUUUAUUGAACAAACGUGAGUUGUUUGUGUCCCUAACCGUCCUGGAACUGGUCAGCCUAAACAUGGACGAACUCCCAAAGGCCAUUCCCAACCUCCGACUGUUGGAAGAACUGUACUUUGACGACAACAACGUGACACAAUUCCCGGAGGUUGACAGUUAA